GCAAACCUGUGCUGCCUGGGCGGAACGUGAAUGGUGGACGUUGGGUUUUUGCCGCCGAUUAGUCCUAGUUCCAGGGGUAAUGAACGGCGCGGUGCGAGGGGUGGGGGCAGUUGGAUUGAGGGCAGUCAGGGCAGUUAGGCGGUGGGCACGGAUCACGCCCGGCUGGUGCUCCCCAAUGGGUCUGCUACCUACCUUUCCCCAUGAGGCCGACAGCUACACCACAGGCAGAGCCAGAGCUUACUGAAGUGUCAAUUGAUUGAUGAAGCCUUGCAGAGCCAAGACCCUGGUCGUCGUCUUCCUGGCCCCACCCUGUCUGUGCUCGUGUGCGGCCGUCUCCUAGGUCUUCUGCGGUGCCCAAGAUCAAUACACCCCCGUCCUCGCCGCCGCCGCCGUCGCUGCCAAACAACGUCUCUGCGCACUCAAUUGUCUUCUGCGAUAGUCGCCUGCCCACCCGGCCAUGCCGUUUGUUCGUCCUCAGACAGGACUCGAGGACACCCGAGACCCUUGUUCCUUUUCGGCCGCCCCCAUCGCCCCCAUCGCCGCCGCCGCCGCCGCCUGAAGUGCACACGCCUGUACAAGACACGCACCCAACGCCGUUCCCUGCGUGAGCCACGUCGAUACCCUCACGGCGCUGCUCUUUGCCCUCGAGCCGGCACCACCUCCUUCCCCGGCCCCAGCCUCUGCCGCCCACCCUCACACUCACCCUCACUCAUAGCAGAACUACCCACGCGUCUGGUCCGCCCAAGCAGGUCUCUUCCUCUGACCCGCGACCCUCGAGCCGCGAGCGGUCGUGGCCGCCUCGACCUGCACAGGCUCGCCCCGAUAACCGCCCCCGUCCUCUCCAACUUGAUGUGCUCCAGACCAAAAUGCCCUGGCAACCUCUGCCUCGCAUCGCUUUCGCCAUCGCGACCUACCCCUUUGCCCCACAAGAACCCGAGGACCUGCCCCUCGAGAUAGGCGACGAGCUCUACAUCAUAGAGGAGACCCCUGACGGCAGCUGGCUGCGUGGCUACCUGGUCGCCCAGCCCUCGCUGGUCGCCGGCCUGACCUCGGUCAAGGGGCAGACUCUCGAGGCCAGGAUCUACAAUGGCAUCUUCCCCAGGAGCUGCGUCGAGAUCCGCGAGGUCCUCGGCGAGGCGGACGACGCCGACCGUGGUCCCGACGCCGACAGCUUCGUGCAGCCAGGAGACCCGGGCGCUGACUCUGCCAAGAGCGGUGUCACCGGUGACGUGAGCAGGAGCCGCAGGAAUGACGGCGAGCUCGCCCCGGCCCUCAGCCCCGUCAGUGAUGGCGGCCGCCUCAAGAAGUGGACAAGGGACCUGCCCAACGGCACCAACGGCACAUUGUCCGUCCCCGUGCAGAGGGAUCCCGACGCUCCCCGCCCACAGGCUCCGGUGCCCAUGCUGAAGAUCGGCGACGAGACCCCCACGUCUAUCUCGGAGCCCUUGAUCGACGAGAUCGCCUCCUGUCUCCGCGAGUGGCAUUCGACAAACCUGCACGAGCUCUUGCUGUCGCGCCAGUAUCCCAAGCUGGAGAACCUCGGCCAGCUCGUCACCGCGCUCUAUUUUGCGCGCCAGCAGUUUCUCCACAACGUACUCACGGCCUGGGAGUACAGACGCCUGCGCGAGAGGACCGUCUGGGAUCUGGUGCGCGUCAACAAGCUUUGCGGCGGCGAGGUCAUUGUGCGCGACCCCAAGGAGAGGGGCCGGGUGCUGACCGCGGACGAUUCUGUUGUCGAGGUGACAAAACUACAGUCCGUCAUGAGCCUGCUCGACGAGCCGCCCCGCCCCGUGGUGGAGUCGACCUCCCUGCACCACCUGCUGGUUGACGUGCGGAGCGUCGCCGGCUCCCUCAACGAGUCGAUGACUCUGGUGCUCCAUCUCGUCAGCCGGCCUCUUGGCGGGCUGCCCGCCCAGCUCUCCGAGCCAUACAUCAUCGAGAUUCCUGCCGGUGGUGCCAUGGGGAGCCUGGGUAAGAACGCACACGCCCGCAUGCGGACGCUUUUCGCCGACCUGUCGCCCCAGGACACGGGGAUGGCGCCCUCGAUGGAGUCGGAGAUUUACCUGGUGGUAAAAGUUCGCGUUGCAGAGCAAAUCAUGACUGGCAAGCCGAGCUCGAGGUCUGGCUCGUUCUCGAGAGAGGCAGGGUCGCUGCCGAAGGAUGGCACGCGGCCCCCGCUUUCCAGCGGGAACAAGUCCGUGCGGAGGAGUCUGAUGUGGGCGGGCAAGAGCACGAGGUCGGCCCUAUCCAGGGGCUCGCCCAUGGCCAAGGUCGACGAGAGGGCCGAGGAGAGGCCGUUCUCCGGGGGCGCGGAGAGCAGAGAAGGCUCGCAGCCCCCGGGGACCGCUAGCUCGAAAGCCUCGCACUCGUCCGGCGACGGGGCGCCAACCAUCACAGUAGACCGACUCGCGGGUGUGGGAUGUCUCCGACUCAAUGCCAUCAUGAAGCAGGACGAGGAGGUUGAGCAGGUGCUCGAGAUUUGGUCUCCAUCGGCGAGAUUCGUCUCGGACAAAGAAAACGGGGACGAGUGGGAUCCUCUGAUCAGGGAAAUCGUCGACAGCAAGUCCGGACAGUACGAGAAGUCGAAGACCGCGGAGCGACUGCAUCUACACCUAAAGGCCUUCAACCACCCCGAUUCGGAUGUCCUCAUCAAGGCCACGCCCACGCUGCUGUCCGGCACCACAAAGACCAGAAAGAUGGGGUUCUCUGGGGCUCCUACGAAGCCCAGGUCGGACAUUUACAUCACCCUCGACGAGGCGAUCCUCUCCAAACAGACUCUGUUAUCGCGAUAUGGCGGCAGUGCAAGCUCCUUGCCCGCCCAUCUGCCAGGAAACAACAUCCAGGUAACUCUGGAGGUGCGAAACUCCAGCGGUGAGCAGAUUGGCGGGUGCAUAUAUCCCUCGUCCAACUCUGACGGCCUCGACACUUGGAGGUCGCUUGCGGCAGAGCCAGGUGAGCCAUGGAGGCAGACCCUACGCCUGGCGCUGAAAGAUGAAGAUGUCCCGGUGGCUCACCUGGUCAUGUUUCUGGCCAACACACCCAAUGCGCCUUUCGCCGUGGCCUACCUGCCUCUUUGGGAUCAGCACGCCUUCAUCAGGGACGGAGUUCACGGCUUGCUUCUGUACAAGCUUGACGAGUUCACCUCGUCGGCACAGCCAGGCCCGAUCGGCAAGGGUGGCUACCUGUCGCUGCCGCCGACUGCGAAAGGUCACUCGGCGGACGUCACAGGACCGAUCGCGAUCCUGCGGCUGGAGUCUUAUCUUUGUAGUACCCGAUAUUCUCAGGAUCGUGUGGUUCUGGCCCUGCUGAAGUGGAGAGAACGGCCAAGGACCGAGAUCCCCGGCCUGUUGAAAGAACUCAUCUUUGUCGACGAGAUUGAGAUUGUCAAACUUCUUGAUGACGUUCUCGACUCGCUCUUUGGCAUUCUUGUCGAAUGGGCGGGCAACGAUGAAUACGAGGACCUUGUCUUCAGUGCACUGGUUCGGGUACUGGACAUCACGCACGACAGGCGCUUUAACAUUGCACCCCUCGUUGACCAGUACGCGGAAACAAAGUUCAACUAUCCGUUUGCGACGCCUUGCCUGGUCAGGUCGUUCACGAGGCUCCUCCAGAAACCCACCGAGCCCGAAACGGCAAGGAAGCUGAGGGCCACUUUCAAGGUCGUCCGCCACAUCCUCAAGUUCAUCACCCACGGCCGUGGCCAGCAAAAGGAGAAAGAAGCGGGAAUUGGCAUCACCAGCAACAACCCGGGUUUCACUCGGCACCUGCGCAGCAUCUUCAAGGCUCUCGACUCGAUGAUGCGCAGCUCGGCGCCAGUGCUUGUUGGCAGUCAAACGCUAGCAGUGCAACACUUCCACACGUGGCUUCCGGAGCUCUCGGGGCUGCUGACAAACGAGGAGAUAUUGCACAUAGCCAUCGAUUUCAUGGACUCGUGCUCGCUGGUCAAGGGCAAGCUGGUGCUCUACAAGCUCGUCCUUAUCAUCAACUAUGCCAGACUGGAUAUUUUUUCCCACCCCGAGCAAAGAUCUGCUCUGAGCGCCAACACCGUCAGAUGGAUCUCGCCUCACUGGGGCCACACGGAAGAGGUGACAGAUGUUUGGAAAGACCAAGUCCGUCUUUGCUGCUCGAUCCUGGCCAGCCAGGUUGACCAUCUUGGCCCAGAGAUCCCAGAUUACAUACCAAAACUCAUUGAUUCAUAUCUUUGCAUCCAGGCGGCGCCUCAGCGCCCCAAGGCUGGGCUGUCGCUGUUGUUCCCGACUGCGUACCCGUUCCCCUCGAAGCCCACAAAAGACAAGAUGGUGGUCGAAGAAGCCCUCAUCGAGCUGUCGGCCGUACUGUCUGCACUGGCGAGCUCACCCAGUGGGAUGCAGCUCGAGCUGACCGACGAUGAUCUGAGCUUGGUGCUGGAGAACACGCUCCACGUCCACAUGAGCAUCUUGCAGGGUGAGGCCUUUCCGUCCGACUGGCUCAGCGUUCAUAUAUACCACCACAAGUCGGCCAUGCGGACCUUACAAUACCUGUCCAGCAUCUUGCUGGAGACCUUUCUGCCGCACCCAGACGAGGCGGAGUCUUUUAACACUGAACUGUGGAAGGUGUUCUUCACAACCCUGUUGAAGUUGGUCGGGAGUCCAUCACUCGCUCUUGAGACGUUCCCUGAGCAGAAGAGGCGUGCCGUCUGGAAGAUCGCGGGUGACGUCCGCGAGCAUGGAUCGGAGCUCUUAAGGAGGACGUGGGAGGCCAUUGGUUGGGACACGAGCCCAGAUGAGAAACAGCGAUAUGGCCUGAGUAGGAUGGGCGGCUACCAAGUCCAAUACGUGCCAACACUCGUCUCUCCGAUUGUGGAGCUUUGCCUCAGUGUGCACGAAGGCCUUAGGAAGAUGGCGGUUGAGGUCCUUCAGACGAUGAUCGUGAGCGAGUGGACACUGAGCGAGGAUCUGUCCGUCAUCCAGACUGAGAUUAUCGACAGCCUGGACUCAUAUUUCAAGACAAAGCCCCUCACGGAGAGCAUACUUCAGAAACUGUUCGUAGGCGAGGUUCUGGAUCGGUUUGAGCCCCUGGCUGAGGUCCCAGACGAGCCCCUCUACGCGGGGAUCCGCGAUCUCAUGGCGACCGUGGACGAGUUCUUGGACCUGCUCGUUGCAGUACACAGUGGGGAUGGCACUGGCGAGGCCUCAAACCUCAUCAACCGUCUGCGCCUAAUGGAGUUCCUGCGGGACAUGCAAAAGGAGGAGAUAUUCGUACGCUACGUUCACCAGCUGGCAGAGCUUCAGGCUGGCGCGAGGAACUUUACAGAAGCCGGCCUGGCAUUGCGCCUUCACGCCGAUCUGUACGACUGGGAUCCUGCCAAGCCCAUACCCGCCCUUCACGACCCGGAAUAUCCUGCCCAGACGCAGUUCGAACGGAAAGAGCGCAUCUACUUCGACAUGAUCAAAUACUUUGAGGAUGGGGAGGCAUGGAGCAGCGCACUUGCGGCCUACAAGGAACUCGAGGCUCAGUACGAGUCGAACGUCUUCGACUUUGCCAAGCUGGCCAGGACGCAGCGGGCCGUCGCUACAAUCUACGAGACGAUUGCUAACAGCGACAAGCUUGUACCCAAGUACUACAAAGUGGUCCUCAGGGGCCUGGGAUUCCCCGCGAGCGUGCGCGACAAGGAAUACAUCUAUGAGGGUUGGCCGAACGAGCGUGCGUCUGGCUUUACUGAUCGGAUACAGGAGCAAUACCCGUCGGCGCAGAUUGUGACCAGCGAAAAUAUCGACGACGUAGAAGGGCAAUUCCUGGUUAUCUCGUCCGUCAGCCCCCAUCGCGACCUCGCCCACCACGUUUUCCAGCGGGCCAGAGUCCCGCAGAUCACCCGAGACUACAUUAUCUCUGCACACCCCCAGCGGUUCUCCAUCUCCACGAAGAGAAGCACCAGCGGCGCUAUUGAGGAGCACUUUGCUGAAAAGGUCGUCUAUACGACUGCCGAAUCGUUCCCCACCAUACUGCGCCGCAGCGAGAUCGUGGGCACCGAGGAGAUCCGCCUCGGAGCAAAGGAAGCGGCACUGGAACGCAUCGUGCGCAAGACGCAGGAGAUGACAGCGGUCGAGAGGAAGAUCAUCGACGGUGACAAGAGCGACGAAGUUGCGCAGCUUCUUGUGGAUGCCAUCAGCAUCAGCGUCAAUCCAGACUCGGAAAACAGCGUUGUGUGCUACCGUCGACUGGUACCCGGGGCGCAGCCUACCGGCGAGACAGCCUCACAGGCCGAUGACGCAGGAGACCUCGAGGCCCUGGAGAACCAGAUGCUGGACCAGGCGCCCGAGUUGGACGCGCAGGAAAAUGCCAUCAAAAUGGCCCUUAUCGAUCAUGCGAUCAUGAUCAAAAGAUGCCUCGCCACGUUCGCGAAGAGCUCCAGUCAAAUCCUCUUGAGCCACCACGGGGACUUGCAGAGAUGCUUCGAAGCCACCUUUGCGCCGGAAAUUGAGGCGUUCACGCCCCCGCAACCGGCCCGAGACAACCCAUUGCCCUCGCCGUCCAUGGCGACGCCAACCACUCCAAAGCAUCAACACCAGUUCAGCACGACGUCGGCCAAUGGUACAGCGGAGGUUUCGACAGUGCAGCCCGUAUCCCUGCGCCAGGGACGUGGCGCACGGUUGAGCUUCCUGGGUGGCCGCAAAAGGGAGCCGCCCCAACAGCCACGGACGCCUGUCAACGGCGAGCAGCCGGACAGGAGUGAGGCCGGGAGCAGCAGGAGCGAGGGGAAAGGCGCAGACAGCCACAGGAGGAGCUUCUUCCGUGCGCCUUCGCAUGAAACCCAGCGACCUGGCGUGGGAAUCUCGGGCAGUGUGACCAACGGCAGCCAGCAAUCCAACGGGCCGCUUCCACGGUCAGGGACAGAGGCCAGCGAUUGGGUGACGGACUCUGGCAGUCACGGGAGCUAUGACACGCGCAUACUCGCGAGUACGCCAGUAGAUUCCCUCGACAAGGAACGGGAGCGGCUCGAUGGUGCCGGGACGCCUAAACUAGGGGGGAUGAAGAAGAGGCUCAGCCUGCUCAGGCUUGGCAAGAAAACGGGCCGAAGCAACGGAGCCAUGGGCGCCCUUGACGAGGAGUGAGCUGGCAAGAUAGCCUGUCUGUUCUGCGGCUGCCGGCGACUCCCUGGCGGAGAUAAUGAAGAAUGCCGGCAGUCAAGUCUAGUCUUGACCCAGCUUCCCUUCCUUCCUCCUCCAAACACAACCUCUCUAGGUGGCUGGGGACUGUUAUUGCUCAUGGCUUGUCUAGCGGACUGCCUGUUCCUACUGCGCUCGACCAGACCAUGUUACCAGGGCGCGAAAUCUAUUGGUUUCCGGGCGUUUCCCCCUCCCCAUACCCCAUCCCCCUUUCGAUUUUUUUUUUUUUUUUGUUUUAUUUUAACAGCUUAAUAUGAUCGAGGACCGACUGGUCAUGUCGGCGGGUUGGCUGGCAUCUUGGUUGCGCAGUGUCGGGACCAGGCGUUCAGGAAAGCCAGGGGCGAAGCUGGAUAGACAAAUGAGUGUGAGGUAUCUAAUACCACGGACCCAGUGUAGGAGCUUCCAG